CACCCUGUGCCAGGGCCUGCCCACCCUCACAGGGAGGAAUCCCAUCCAAUGCUACCGUCUUUCGAUUUGAGCCCGCUCCCCUUUCUCCUUCACUGCAGACGCUUGUAAAUGGUCUUGUACCACCUCCACUGUAGCCCCCUUCAGAACUGGAAGGCCACAGUUAUGUCACCCUGCAGCCUUCUCGUCUCCAGGCUGAACAAUCCCAACUCCCUUCCCCUUUCCUCACCGCAGAGCUGCUCUAUCCCAAUGAUCAACUUGGUGGCCCAUAAUGUAGCAGUCUCUGCUGUUUUGCAGGAUCAUGGAUUUCCCAGGGCACUUUGAACAAGUCUUCCAGCAGCUCAACUACCAGAGGCUCCAUGGGCAGCUGUGUGACUGCGUCAUCGUGGUGGGGAACAGGCAUUUCAAGGCGCACCGCUCCGUGCUGGCCGCCUGCAGCACGCACUUCCGCGCGCUCUUCACCGUGGCCGAGGGCGACCAGACCAUGAACAUGAUCCAGUUGGACAGCGAGGUGGUGACGGCCGAGGCCUUCGCCGCGCUCAUCGACAUGAUGUACACGUCCACGCUCAUGCUGGGGGAGAGCAACGUGAUGGACGUGCUGCUGGCCGCGUCCCACCUGCACCUCAACUCCGUGGUGAAGGCCUGCAAGCACUACCUGACGACGCGGACGCUGCCGCUGUCGCCGCCGAGCGAGCGUGCGCAGGAGCAGAGCGCGCGGCUGCAGCGCUCCUUCAUGCUGCAGCAGCUGGGGCUCAGCAUCGUCAGCUCGGCGCUGGGCUCCGCGCAGGGCGCCGAGGAGCCGCCCGGCGCCAUGGGCCCGGCGCUGCGGGGCGGGCUGGAGCAGCGCGCCGCCUUCCCCAUCCGGCGCCUGCACAAGCGCAAGCAGUCCUCCGAGGAGCGCGCCCGCCAGCGCAUCCGGCCCGCCUUGGACGAGCCCGUGUCCGACGUGGCCGCAGAGAGCGGGCAGCCCGUCGUCCACUCACGUGAGGAUUUCUUCUCUCCAGACUCGCUGAAAAUUGUGGACAACUCCAAGGCCGACACGGUUGCUGAUAACCAGGAGGACAACACGAUCAUGUUCGACCAGUCUUUUGGUGCUCAGGAGGAUGCCCAAGUGCCCAGCCAGUCUGACAAUGGCGGGGGAAACAUCUCCCAGAUGUCCAUGGCAUCCCAGGCCACGCAAGUGGAAACCAGCUUCGACCAGGAGGCUGCUGCUGAGAAGAGCAACUUCCCGUGUGAAAAUCCAGAGGUGAGCCUGAAUGAGAAGGAGCACAUGAGGGUGGUGGUGAAGUCUGAGCCCCUGAGCUCCCCAGAGCCUCAGGAUGAGGUGAGUGAUGUCACCUCCCAGGCAGAGGGCAGCGAGUCUGUGGAGGUGGAAGGAGGAGUGGUGAGCGCAGAGAAGAUAGAGCUGAGUCCCGAGAGCAGUGACCGCAGCUUCUCGGACCCUCAGUCCAGCACUGACAGGGUGGGAGACAUCCACAUUAUGGAGGUGUCCAACAACCUGGAGCACAAGUCUUCUUUCAGCAUUUCAAAUUUUUUAAAUAAAAGUAGGGGAGGUGGCUUUGGUGCCAGCCAAAACAACGACGACAACAUUCCCAACACCACCAGUGACUGCAGGAUGGACAGUGACGCCCCUUAUCUGAUGAGCCCGGAGUCAGGGCCCACCGGUAGCCACUCAUCUGCUGCCGUCUCACACGUCGAGAACCCGUUCAGUGAGCCCGCAGACUCCCACUUCGUGAGGCCCAUGCAGGAUGUGAUGGGUCUGCCGUGCGUGCAGACCUCUGGGUACCGAGCAGCGGAGCAGUUCGGCAUGGAUUUCCCACGCUCAGGCCUGGGCUUGCACUCGCUGUCCCGGGCCAUGAUGGGCUCAGUGAGAGGUGGAGCUGGUGGCUUUCCUGGCUACCGCCGCAUUGCCCCCAAGAUGCCCGUGGUGACCUCUGUGCGGGGCUCGCAGCUGCAGGAGAGCUCCUCGGGGUCCCAGCUGAUGAUGAACGGGAGCGCUUCCUUCGAGAGCGGGCACCUGUCGCAGCCGGGCCCGCCGCAGCUGACGCGGGCGUCCGCCGACGUCCUGUCCAAGUGCAAGAAGGCUCUGUCGGAGCACAACGUGCUGGUGGUGGAGGGCGCGCGCAAGUACGCCUGCAAGAUCUGCUGCAAGACCUUCCUGACGCUCACGGACUGCAAGAAGCACAUCCGUGUGCACACGGGGGAGAAGCCCUACGCCUGCCUCAAGUGUGGCAAGCGCUUCAGCCAGUCCAGCCACCUCUACAAACACUCUAAGACCACCUGCCUUAGGUGGCAGAGCAGCAACCUGCCCAGCAGCUUGCUGUAACCUGCUGCCCCGGGCCCGGAGGAGCCUCGCUGCGGGCGGGGAUGCUCCGGCGGGCGGACACCGGCGUGCCGCGGUGCCACACACAGUCUUGGCUCUGCCAUUGGGGAUAUCCGGUACCUACCUCGCGGGUGUCGCCGCCGGGAGCCGCGCGGCGGGGAUGGGGAUGUGACCCCCUCGGCGAAGCAGCCCCUUUGCAGGGCAGAGGGGUGACAGCACGGGGGUCUCCUGAUAUAGCACGGUUUGAGAACAAGAAACUGACGUGCGCGAUUCUUUUUGGUUUUUU